AUGACUAAGGGUACUUCGAGCUUCGGCAAGCGCCACAACAAGACUCACACUCUGUGCCGUCGUUGUGGCCAGCGGUCCUUCCACAUCCAGAAGUCCACCUGCUCCAACUGCGGCUACCCUGCUGCUAAGACCCGCAAGUUCAACUGGAGUGAGAAGGCCAAGCGCCGCAAGACCACUGGUUCCGGCCGCAUGCGCUCCCUCCGCGAAGUCCACCGCCGCUUCCAGAACGGCUUCCAGACCGGUACCCCCAAGGGCGCCCGCGGCCCCCAGACCGCCUAA